GUUUCUUGCGUAGAAAACAAAAAACAUGGAUAGCGAUACACUCACCGGACUGUUGAAGAAAGUCGCCGAGAAAUUCCCCGAUCGACGAGCUCUCUCCGUUUCCGGAAAAUUCGAUCUCACUCACUCGCGUCUCAACGAUCUAAUCGAACGCGCCGCUUCACGCCUCGUCUCCUCCGCCGGAAUCAAGCCUGGCGAUGUGGUCGCUCUCACUUUCCCCAACACCGUCGAGUUUGUUAUUAUGUUCUUGGCGGUUAUAAGAGCUCGUGCCACGGCGGCACCAUUAAACGCAGCGUACACAGCUGAGGAAUUCGAGUUUUACCUCUCCGAUUCAGAUUCAAAGCUGUUACUAACCGCUAAAGAAGGCAACGCACCUGCUCAAGAAGCAGCUUCGAAGCUGAAAAUCUCUCACGUCACCGCCACACUCCUCGACGCCGGCUCCGACCUUACUCUCUCCGUGGCAGAUUCUGAUUCUGUAGCUGACUCGGCGUCGGGACUCGUUAACAGCCCCGACGAUCCGGCUCUCUUCCUCCACACUUCCGGCACCACGAGCCGUCCCAAGGGUGUACCGCUCACGCAGCUGAAUCUUGCAUCGUCCGUAAAGAACAUUAUAUCGGUUUACAAACUUACGGAGGCUGAUUCGACGGUGAUUGUUCUCCCUCUGUUCCACGUUCAUGGAUUGAUGGCAGGAUUGCUUAGCUCGCUUGGAGCUGGCGCGGCUGUGACUCUCCCAGCUGCUGGUAGAUUCUCUGCGACGACGUUUUGGGCUGACAUGAAGAAGUAUGACGCUACGUGGUAUACUGCUGUUCCCACUAUUCAUCAGAUCAUAUUGGACCGUCACGCGAGCCAACCUGAGUCGGAGUAUCCUAAACUUCGGUUCAUCAGGAGUUGCAGUGCUUCUUUGGCUCCGGUGAUAUUGUCUAGGCUUGAGGAAGCUUUUGGAGCACCGGUUCUAGAGGCGUAUGCUAUGACAGAGGCAACUCACUUGAUGAGUUCUAAUCCUCUUCCGGAGGAAGGUCCACACAAGCCUGGGUCUGUUGGGAAGCCAGUGGGUCAAGAAAUGGCGAUUCUUAAUGAGAAAGGGGAGAUACAGGAGCCAAACAGCAAGGGAGAGGUUUGUAUAAGAGGUCCAAAUGUGACUAAGGGUUACAAGAACAACCCGGAGGCAAACAAGGCAGGUUUCGAGUUUGGGUGGUUCCACACAGGUGAUAUUGGUUACUUUGAUUCCGAUGGGUAUUUGCAUCUGGUGGGUCGGAUCAAAGAGCUUAUUAACCGUGGAGGUGAGAAGAUAUCCCCAAUUGAAGUGGAUUCAGUGCUCUUAACUCACCCUGAUGUUUCUCAAGGAGUUGCGUUCGGGGUUCCUGAUGAGAAAUAUGGCGAAGAGAUUAACUGUGCGGUGAUUCCAAGAGAAGGAACAACUGUGACCGAAGAAGACAUUAAAACGUUCUGUAAGAAGAACUUGGCAGCUUUCAAGGUGCCAAAGAGAGUAUUCAUCACUGAUAACCUCCCCAAAACCGCCUCCGGUAAGAUUCAGCGCCGUAUCGUCGCCCAGCAUUUCCUCGAAAAAGCCUAAAUUAAACACAAUCCAUCAUCUUGCUGGAAUCCUAUGUGCGGGGAGUCUUAGUUUUUCACGCAAGUGGUUGUACUGUCUGUAUUUGUUCAUGCGUCUUAUGUUACUUUGCACGUGUUCUCAUGGUUAAAAGUGAACAUGAUGGUUAAAGGUAUAGUCGAACUACAAAAGUGGAAAUAAAUUUGAAAAAGAGUUUUUC